UGUUGGUUUGUUUCAUUUUUCAUUCAGACACAAUGGCUGAUCAGGACCACAGGCCACCAUCUCCAUCUCCAAGCGAUGCUUCCAUGAAUAGCAACAGAUCCAUGAUGGAGCCUCCCAAACUCAAUGGAGAACCAGACGACAUUGAUGAAAGAGAGCAGACACCAAGACCAGUGUCUCCAUCCCCCAGCGGUGUUUCAAUGAAGAGCAGCAGGUCUAUGAUGGAGCCUCCCAAACUCAGUGGAGAACCAGACGACAUUGAUGAAAGAUGGCAGACACCAAGACCAGUGUCUCCAUCCCCCAGUGGUGUUUCCAUGAAGAGCAGCAAGUCUAUGAUGGAGCCUCCCAAACUCAGUGGAGAACCAGACGACAUUGAUGAAAGAGAGCAGACACCAAGACCAGUGUCUCCAUCCCCCAGUGGUGUUUCCAUGAAGAGCAGCAGGUCUAUGAUGGAGCCUCCCAAACUCAGUGGAGAACCAGACGACAUUGAUGAAAGAGAGCAGACACCAAGACCAGUGUCUCCAUCCCCCAGUGAUGUUUCCAUGGAGAGCAGACAGGUCUAUGAUGGAGCCUCCCAAACUCAGUGGAGAAUCAGAGGACAUUGAUGAAAGGUGAUACAAAUAGUUACAAAGUUUAUUGAGACCAAUGGCUGGCGAACGUUAUGAGAAGAAAAGCGCAGUAAUUGGCACCAACCCUUGUUGUAUAUUAUUCCCGUGAGUCCUAUUUCUUAUGUUAGAAGUCUAAAUACGUAUGUGGUAAAACUGAUUUUCCCACGAUUCAUAGGCUAUUUUAGAGUUUUAUCUGUAGGCUCCAGGCUUGUCACAUAGACCAACGCCACCUAUUAGGCUAUAGGUUGCCGUAAAAUUGCUGAUAUUACUCCAGGAAACGCUUAUAGUGUCUAUAGCCCUAUCUUGCAUUUUGCCGUUAUGAGUAGGCCUAGCCUAUGUCGUCAAUCAAAUAGCCAAAAA